CACCAUCCUCACACCAUCUCUCCAUCUGCUUGUUCUCACGCCUUAAGAAGUUUUGCGUAGUUACGCCCGACCGGCCGCAGGAUGUGGAUGAGGAAGAAGAAGGCGGCGACGACGACGAGGCCGGCGGCCAGAAGGAGGGCGCCGACGUCGCUAGGGGCGCUGUGGCGGCGCGUGGUCGGGCCGGCCCGCGGCGGCAAGGCCAAAAAGACCAAGACCAAGAAGAGCAAGAUCGGGUCGCUCUCGCGCGCGUUCCGGGUCUUCUCCUGCGUCCGCGGCCAUGGCAAAGGGAGGAUGGCUGCGCGCCGGUAUUGAUGGGCCUGCGGCGCGCACGCCCACCGUCCGGGCGUCGAAAGAGUUGCAACUAGCGGCUGCGAGUCUCGGUUGUAGCUGCGGGUCACAAAUUUCAUGUUAAUAACUUUGUACUAUAUCUUGUAUCCACGUGUUGUGGCUGUACUGCCUUCUGUUUUGUGAAAGAAAAAAACAUGUGUUUCCGUUCCAAAAA